AUGGGUAAGGAUGGGGAUCUAAUCCUCAUAACCAAAUUCGGGUAUAGGAUCAUAGGAACCUUGGUUCUUAGGGUUGUUGAUACCGUUUCUGAACUAGAUGAACAUAUUUUCGUCCCUGAGGAGAGAUUGAGAAUAGGUGUUCUUGGGAAUGGGAUCAAGAUUGGUGUUAUUCGGGCUUGGGCUGUGCAGUUACAGUAUCGUGGUGUUGGAGUUGGGAGGAGUCUGUUGGAGGCUGCUGUUGAGGUUUCUAGAAAGACAGGGUGGAGGGGGCCGGUAUUUUCGGUGGGGCAUGCGACUUCGAAGUGGUUUGGUUUGGGGGUUGGUUCUAUGGGAAUGGAGAGGUAUGAGUGGGCUUGGGAGCUUUUGGAAGAUGUUAGAGGGGAGUUUGGGAUAGUGGGCGGGUGA